AUAAAUGUAGUCAAAGUUUAAGUUAUAAAUAGGUUUAAGCCUAAAUACGCCCAUAUAAACGUUUUAUAUUUCAAACAAACCAAAAAGAGUCAACUUAGCCAUCUGUCUAGCCUUGAAUUGAUGUGCAGGAAACAGCAACUUAGUUAUAGGAAAUUGUUUAUUAAUGAUUAGUGCCAGAGCCAUUUACCCCCAAAACUUCACUGCUAGAGCUUGGUAGCCUACAGUGUCUGUUCAUUUCUACUCAAAAAGACUAGAUGAACACUUUUUACCACCAUCAGGACUACGACCUCAAGUUUCAGGAGGCACAAUGAGCAACAAAAACAAGAUAACACGUGUAGAAGAAAUCGAGAGAAGUCUCAAACAGGAUAAAACAUUACUCUCUUUCAUCACUGAUGCCCUGGAACGGAAUGCCCAACUCCACAUGAAAAUGGACUCCGUCUUCUUUUCACUAUAUGGUAAACUGGAGAGCAUGGAGAACAAAAUCAUGCCAAUGUAUGAGGAAUCACAGAGGUUAAAACAGCUGGAGCUUAAAACAGACCUAACCCUGGCAGAGUUAGAUUCUGUCAUUUCUCAUUACAACAUCAGGGAGACCACGGCAUGGAUCAUUAGUCAAGGUCCCACAGGACGACUGAAAAAUGAUCUGGACUGCUUAGACCAGAUCAAGAGAGCCAUGGAGUAUUUUGAGGAAGUUAUCCCUGAGGGUCCUGAGCUAAAAGCACUGAGGCAGACCAAGAAUUCAGCCAAGGCACAGCUUCUGUGUGAAUUCAAGAGGUUGUUGCUAAGGUGCAGUAACCCCGCCUCUCCAACUGACAUCCUGAACCUGAUUGACGAAGAGGAGGUGUUGGGCACUCAGAAAGAGGAUGUGGGCAUCCCCAGUAAUCUACUGCAGGACAUGGUGCCAAUCUCCACCUGGUUUGUGGAGGACUGCUCCAGCUUUGAUUGUUGGCUAGAGGACAUUGACGAGGCUGACGAGGCUUUCAUGUGGAAGGGUGUGAAAAAACUGAAAACUAGGUCACUAGACCGAGACACUUGCAGAAGUCCCCACAAGAAGAGAACAGCAUCAUGGUUAACCAACAAGUUGAAGACCCGCUCAUUGGACCGACCCUCAAACCUGGGGCCUUUACCUCGCCGCAAGGAAGACUCUAAACUCCGUGAACUCCCAGACAUCAUUGAAGAGGAGAGUCCGCUUACUUUGGCAAGCAAUCAGAGUAGACGGAAGACACAGUCUCUUGAUCGCUUAGAAUCACCAAACACUUUUAAGGCACCUUUCCCUGGAAGCCCCUUCACAAGGAAGACAGUGUCAUGGGUGAUAGGCAAGAAGAAGACCCGCUCACUAGAGCGACACCCAGGUUUCGAGCCUGUGCAUGGUCUGUUCAGUGGAAGGCCUCAGCGAGUAGUCAACAUCUUUACUACAUAUUCCAAGGCACGAUCAUGUCGCUUGCACCGCUCUCUUAAGGAUUUCAAAGAUCACUUGCGGAAGACAAGCGUUUCCUUCACAAGCCUGCACUCCUUGUCCUCCUCCUCCUCCUCCUCCUCAUAUUCCUCGUCAUCCUCUUCGUCUUCCUCACUCAGCUCUUUCAGGGGCAGCCUAGCGAGGAUCUUCAAGAGACUAGGGAAGGAGGGUUGGAGUGACAUCAACAUUGAUUGCUACAGUCAGUGCCUCAAAGCCUUCAGUCUUCUGGCCAGUGUGGAGUUCUCUGCCCUUGCCAGAGUCUUUCCUCAGAUUCACUGGAAAAAGACCUUUGACCCACUGGUGCAGGAAGCUUUAGAUGUACUGAUUGAGGAAGGGGAGUACAUCGUCUUUGCUGUGCGCCAUGCCGUGAAUGCUUACCAUGUUUAUGACGCCCUGCUGACGCUCCUCCGUGCCCUUUACACCCUCAAGGCUGCACAGCCCAGCAUCAACAAGGUGCUGGAGUACACAACCAACGAAACCAAGGACAAGUUGCCCAAUCUCAUUGAGUCCAUGGGAGCUUUUGCUCAGCAAGCUUUGGAUAAGUAUCCCGGUAGAAUUAUGGAAGAGUGGAAUAAGAAAAGAGAGAUGCCUGAGGAUGGGACAGUUCAUGAGCUGACCAGCAAUGUCGUUCUCUUUCUAAGCCAGCUGGUCCAGUUGAAGUCAACAGCAGAGCUUUUCCAGGUUCCAGCUUCCAGGGAACCAGGCAGUGAGACCCCAGAUGAUAUCACAUGUCUGAGACCAUUCAUUUCUGAGGUGCUCGAGCAGAUCUUCCUGAGUCUGGAGAACAUGGCCACCACAUACGAUGACCCUUCCCUAAGAGCCAUCUUCCUGUUCAACAACUACAACUUCAUUCACAAAUCUAUUUUGAGGGCUCAGCUGAGGGGGCUGUGGGAGGAAGGCGCUGAUGCACCACAGGCUGUGUGGGAGAGCAGGACGGAGGAGCAGAAGCAGAAAUAUCUCCAAAGCUGGUUGGCGGUUAUUGAAUACCUGAAGGAUGAAGGGAUUCCUCCUGUACAACCAGGCUCUGAGCUAAAAGAAAAAGAGUGCCGCUUGAUCAAAGGAAAAUUUAAGAGUUUUAACGACAGCCUAGAGGAGCUGCUUAGGGCACAGAGGGAGUGGGCCAUCCCUGACCCGGACCAGCGAGAGGCCCUCUCUAGGGGCCAGGUCUAUGUGGUGGGACAGGCCUAUAGGGCCUUUCUGCAGCGGUAUGAGCAGGUUAACUUCACCAGACACCCACAGAAGUAUAACCAGUACAGCCCUGAAGAACUGGAUGAGAUGAUUGAGAGGUUCUUUGAUACCCUAAUCUGA